AUGUUUUCUUUUGAGUUUGACGACAACCCCUUCGCCGAAGAGAUUGAAGUCGAGUCACAGGCGUGUGAUGGCUAUGUAGGCGGUGCCGGUGUAAAGAAGCGCGAGCGUGACGUGGAAGACCUUGCGGAGGGUGAACCGAGGCGGAAGAUGGCUCGCCGCGACGAUGCUGCCGGCGAGGACAAGGAGGCUGAGGUGGAGUUUGCCGCACCCUACAUUGGAUACUCGCUAGAGGACGAGGAGGGAGGCGAAGAGAACGGCGACACAGACGAGACUUAUCUCUCAUUCCUCUGUCGCGUAGCGGAGAUGGAGGCGGCACUGCGACAGUCCGCACGCGUGCACCAUUUUAGGAUGACGCUCGCGGAACACGAAAAGGAGGCCCUUCGCAUAAGUAUUGCCUCCCUGCGAAGCUCAUUGAUGGGAACUCGGGAGAAACGUCAAAAGGCCUCUCAGAGCACCACGGAGGCUGGAAGCGCCGAAAAAGAUGCAGAGUCGCGGGAUCAGGAAGGCUCUUUGGAUCUUGCCGCUUUACUAAACGUUUGUGUCGGUGCCUCAAAGCUCAAGCGGCUCAACACACACUUUCAUUUACUGCAGAGCUUGGAAAAAUUUAGAGAACACGCGACCAAAGAAGAUCGUGCCACGUCUGUGGAAUCGGAGAGUUGGAUGCCCACAGCUUCAGACGUUGAGGUCGAAGCGCCGUCAUCUCAACUCUGCAAUACAGAGAUGAAACAAUUUGAUGAUAUACGGCGUGCCCUAGAAAAGGUGCAGGACCGAUUUGACGGCCCCAUAGCGCCCGUGGUGAUAGCGCUGCAAAAUGAAAUUCAACGCCUGUGCUCAAAGAGUGACGCGCUAAGCGAAGUGAAAGGUUUCAUUCUGUCACAGAGAAGAGCAGCAAUGGCGCGGUGGAACAAGCAUGUUUUGUGGGCAACCGAGCGCGCACUUCUCGUCGCUGAUGAACAGAUGCGGAGUCAUUUAUCCGCGUUGUCUCCCUCACUGUCAGGGCAGCAGCUUAUUCGUCAGCACCAACAGCUACAAAAGCGACUUCACCGUGCAGAAGUGGCCCUUGCGACGUUGCUAGCUGCUGCCACAGGUACACAGUUGAAAUCAGUAAUGCCUGCCACUCUACAAGCCACGCUUCGUCGCCAGCAGGAGUUGGAAAAUCUACGGCAUCGGUUGAGCCGUGAAAUUUUGUACCUGCGGAAAUUGCUGAGGGAGAAGUUGGGUAAAACGUCUCUGCUUGUGUGUGAUCUGGGCAGCGCCUCACAUGAAACAGCGACUGCGGAGGAAGGAAAAACGAUCCUGCUGCGGCACUGCUGUGCAGCCAUUGCCCAACGCUUAGCCGAGGUGACCCAACAAAUCAUCUCGGAAGUAGUAAAGGGCUCUACGGCAUGUGCAGUUUCUGCAGAACAGGACGAACGUCAAAUGUUGUAUGAGGCAAAGACGGGAACGCUGCAUACCUCGAUUGUGGCGUUUCUUGCAGAGAACGCUCGGCUGGAACAGGAGAUUAAAGAUGCGGCGUUAAUCAAACUUAUGGUGUCCCCUGGAAGUGCAGCCGUUAUGCUUCUUGUAGAACGACUUCAGACCCUGCUGCAUUGCAAACUAUCUGUGGAACAGGAGCAGCGGCAGGAGGAGGAUACCGACAGAAAUGAGAAGAAGCGUGACAAUAAAGGGCAGGAGGAAAGCGUGGAUGAGCAAGGGCUUCUUGUUGACAUUUUCAUGGAGAGCACCGCAGGCCUUCUAAAGGUACUGAAUGAGCAUUUGUCGAGUGUCAGCACUCUUUUCAAGGGUGAACAGCGUGUUUUUAGGGAAGCGGCGUUUUUGUUGCGAAUGACUGUUGCAGCAGAUCGUCUCCUGCUUGGAAAGGUGGGUGUGCCCCUUUCUGCCAGCUUCACCGAUGACCCUGCCAAAGAAAUGGACGAGGCUCAUGUCCGUUUCAAACCACUGCAGAAUGGUCUGCAGCAGUUGCCUUCACUAGAAACUAUUCGUGAGGAGUUUCAGUCCCAUUCAAGGCGGCAUGCUGCGUAUCUCUUGGCCCAGUAUGGCGAGGCUGAGAAGACCCGGAAGGAGUUACAGGAAGACGUGGAGUGGUGCAGGAAGCAGUGUACAAAAAAUGCCGCAACGGUUAUUGGUGGAGCCCAGAAGGAGCUGCAGAGCCUGAAAACCUCCUUAUCAGCGGCUGUGGCCCGUGAGAAGGAAGUUGUAUCACUUGAAGCUGAGCUGGUGAAGAGCCGUGAGCAAUUAGUUCAGCUACGCCAUGAGAGGUUGGUUCUCGAAAAGGAACUCUUCAUGGCGGAGGAGCAGUGGCGACUAGCCCAGGAGGCGGAAGCGAAGGAAAAUGAAGGAGAGACGGAGGCGAAGACUCAUUCGGCGUUGCCGCCACUCGAAGUUGCGGAGACUGACAACAGCAUCAACGUCAAUGAGGUUGUUAACGAUGAAGAGAAUGAGGCGGGUAAUUUUAUGUGCAGCUCGGAGUGUCGCGCAGAAGAGACCGAGAAGAAUGUGUAA